ACAAGUGAUUGAGGAGCCGUUACGAACUCCCAAAUCCCUUCGCCUUACGUUCCCGUAAGCUUUCCUCCUCGUCCUCCUCUCUCCGAUCGGCCGCGCGGAGAUGUAGAUCGCCGCCCUCCUCUUUGUCCGAGGCGGCGGAUCCGGUGGUCUUCGCCGACGCUACCGACGUCAGCCACUUAGGAUACCUCGGCAGUGCGACCGCCAGAAAGGUCAUCCCCUUCGUCGCUCGCACCGCCGCCAAGCGCCAAUCCGUCCAACUCGAAAGGCACUGGACGAGUGUCAGAAGAACUUUGGCAACUCUUGGAGAGCUGUAAGGGAAUAUACUACUCAAGCAUGGCCAUAUUUGACUGAAGGUUUAACAAAAUUUCAGGAUCCUGCAGAAGCUGACAAAUUGUUUAAAAUUCAGAGGGAUUUGGAUCAGACUAAAAUUAUCUCAUAAUCAUGCGGACGAGUGGGAUGCCCAUAUGGGAAUGUAUUGCCUGGGAUGUAAACUCGCAACACUCUUUUACGUGUCCCCAGCACGCUUGACUUGACAGAGUGGAGGCUUAGCUGUAUCAUGUCCUCUGGCCUUCACACCAUGGAGGGAAAACUGAAUCGAAUGCCAUGAUAUAAUACUCCUUCAUUCUUGUCGUUGUUGAGUUUACUAAAGGAGGACACGUGUAAUAUUCAAAUUUGAAAGGGCAACUAUGGUAUUCCAGAAGGUUGCAAGGAUGUAUGUGUAAAAACACCCGCGAGAACCGUUCCACGGCCGAGCGAGCACCGCAAGAAUUAGACCGCACUCGGUCCGUCCUCAUCUACCGACCCCACACCUCACCGCAAACCGCUCUCGGCCAAGCACCCGUGGGAGCCCACUUGUGCUCCGUCCACGUGGCCUCUCGUCCUCGGUUGGGGUACCCCUUAUUUUUACUUCCCCGUUCUUCCCUGCUUUAUUGCUCCUCCUUCUCUCUCUCUCUCUUCACGGCUGCUCCCGAAAGAUCGGAUCUUUUUCCCCCAAUUCUUCUGCUCCGAGACCUCGAAUUCUGACAAGAAUCGGAGAAUUGUUGAGGAAUCGUUGCUGCUGUUGGGUGAUGCGAUCAUGCCGGCCACGGACUUCCAGGGCUCGUCCGUCCCCUUCGCGUCCAUCGGGCGCUCCAUCCUGAGCAUCCGCCGCGACCAGGUUCACACCGUCGACGGGCACCACCACGAUUCCCCCGGUGGCGGUGCCGCCCACGACCUCGAGCUGGAGGUAUUCCAGAAGCACGUCGCCGACCUGUUCGUCGACCUCGCUUCUUCUCCUCCUGCUGCCGCUGCCGCUGCCGCUGCCGCCGACGAGCUGCUCUCCCUCGCUUGGGUCCGCAGGCUGCUCGACAGCUUCCUCAUCUGCCAGGAGGAGUUCCGCGUGAUUCUAUUCAGCUGCAGCAAGGGCCAGCGGGUGCUCCUCGCCCGGCCUCCCCUCGACCGCCUCCUCUCCGACUUCUUUGACCGCGCCGUCAAGGCGCUCGACGUCUGCAACGCCAUCCGCGACGGCGUCGACCAGCUCCGCCUGUGGCGCCAGCACCUCGAGAUCGCCCUCGCCGCCCUCAAUGGAGGCCGGCCCCUCGGCGAGGGCCAGCUCCGCCGCGCCCGUAAGGCCCUCACCGACCUCACCAUCCUCAUGCUCGACGAGAAGGAGACUGCCGGCGGGUCCAUCCUCAACCACCGCAACCGCUCCUUCGGCCGCUCCAGCAAGGAGACGCACCACCGCCGCACCGGCAGCGGCGGGGCCGCCGCCUCUGCUUGCCACUUCCGCUCCUCCUCGUGGAGCGUCUCCCGCUCGUGGUCCGCUGCACGGCAGCUCCAGGCGAUCGGCAACAACCUCGCGGUGCCUCGUGGCAACGAGGUCUCCGCGACCAAUGGCCUCGCCUUCCCCGUGUUCACCAUGAGCUCGGUUCUCUUCUUCGUGGUGUGGGCUCUCGUGGCGGCAAUCCCGUGCCAGGACCGCGGCCUCCAGACCCAUUUCUCGGUCCCCCGGAACUUACCCUGGGCCGCAUCGAUCACCUCGCUCCACGAGCGGAUCUUCGAGGAAUCGAAGAAAAAAGACAGGAAGAACUCGUGCGGGCUGCUGAAGGAGAUCCAACAGAUCGAGAAGUGCAGCCGCCACCUGGCUGAGUUGUUGGAUCCCGUCGAGUUCCCAUUGACAGAGGAGAAGGAUACGGAGCUGAGGCAGGGGGUAGAAGAGUUAGUGGAGGUUUGCAGUGCCUUGAAAGAGGGCUUAGACCCACUGGAGCGCCAGGUGAGGGAGGUCUUCCUUCGAAUAGUGAGGAGCCGAACCGAAGUCCUCGAAUGCCUGAGCAAGUCCCACAAUCCCGAGUGAAUUCUGUCGAAGGUGCCAUCUUUGGCCGUGAUGAGGUGAGGUGGGUUUGCAUUUAGUCUUUGGGUGGGCUACCCAUACGAAGAAGGGGAAGGAAGACAUGAAGAAGAUGAUGAACCAAAUGUCUUCUUCGGGCUGGGAAGAUGGAGAAGGUAGUGCUCUUGUAUUUAGUCUUUUUUGUCACAGGUUGUGUAGAAAAAAGCAGGACAAAAAGCAACUUGCUUUUUGGAUACUGUGUGCAUCUUUGUUGUGUUCUUCUCCAUCAACUUUCCUCUGUUGUGGAGUCCCCCUAAUGGUGGCCAUCCAUGGGAAUGGCCUUUUCCUUAUAUUUAUUGUACUGUUUUCCUUGCUUCUUGUUGUUGAAUACUCCUGCAAAUCUCAUUUUCCAUAUUAAUUCUUCUUUUGAAUA